UGUUCAAACAGCGAAGCCUCCUCUGAGUUAAGAGCAGAAGGAAAGAAGAGCUAAAAGAAAAAUAAGGUGGAGGGGAAAAGCCAAGAAGCAGCAACAAAAUCCCUCAAGUGAAUUCCAAGGAGGCUACAAAUCAACCGAAACAGAACUCUUUUUUCAUCUGCAAGAAUCAUCUACCACUGCUUCUUUCUUUGACUGGUGGCUGAAUUUUUGAAGCAGUCUAAAUUUAAGCAGUAGCACCCGUGAAAUCAACCUGAGAAAGAAAGGGGAAAAAAAAAACAAAAAACCAGGGAGCUUCUAUUUGCUUGAAAGAGAAUCAACUUUUUACCACGUCCACCGAAAGAAUUGCUCUGCCUUUUUCUAAAGCCCAACCAUCCACCAUGAGUUCUGAGCAAUUGGUGCACGAUGUGGAGAAAGGGAGCAUCGUUGUCCUCCGGGAACCCUCUCCGAAAAACAACCACUGGAAGUGUCUCAGCAUCUGUUCCUUCUUGCUUCUGAUCGGAGCCGUAACCGUCUUUGCCCUCUUGCAACUGGACGCAUUUGGGUUGUCUGAAAAGCAGGACUCUAAACUACAGGGAAAUUCAUUUUCUGAUCAUUUGCCCGCCACAAUGAAAGUGCAAGCCUUGAGGUCUGGAAAACCAGCUGCCCACGCUGUUGCUUCUUCCCAAAAUUCACCACAAUUGAAUUGGACUACAGAUGUGAUUCCUACCAUCCUGGAGAAUGGCAUGCAGUUGAAUAAGACCGAAAACUCCCUUAUCGUGCCUUCUACCGGGUUGUACUUCGUUUACUCUCAGGUUUUGUUCCACAAGAACGACUGCAGCAAAACUCUUCUGCUCACCCACAGCAUCACCUUCUGGUCCUCAGAGUUGAACUCUGAGGUAGAACUGCUAAAAUCCAUCAAAUCUGUCUGUGAAGAGGUCUCCAGCAAUAAAAAGCUGUGGUUUGAAUCAAUUUAUCAAGGGGCCGUCUUCCAGCUGUACAAAGGUGCUCGCUUGUGGGCCAAAACAAAUCACCCUGAAUAUCUGGACUUCACUCAUUCAACGCAGAUUUAUUUUGGGGUCAUUGCUAUGUAAGAAAAGACUUUAUGAUGCCUAAUGACAAUGUCAUGUUGUCAUUCAUGUACUUCAUAUAUCUUCAUUGGGUGGUUUUGUUUUUUUCCCGGCUUACAGAGAGGUCCACAAAACCUAUACGUAGGCAGGCAGUAUUAGCAUCCUUAGUGUGAGUCUUUUUUAAACUGUCUAAACUUUUUUAUUUAUUAAUAUUUAUUUAUUGAGCUUUUCCUAUAAUCUUGAAACUUCAGCAUUUUUUUCCCCCCAGUGUAGGAGAUCCUUGCAAAAAGACACCACACUUUUGCAGACAAUGAAUGCAUACAUGUGUAACAAUUUAGUUGUGAUUUCCCCGUUACGUGGGUUCAUGUCGAUGAACCUGUAUUUGGGGCACUGUAAAAUGCUUGUGUGGCUAUCUUCAAACAGGAUUUCCAGUUCCUUUGUUCCCCAGUCUAGGUUACGAUUUGAAUAUUUACUUAUAUGUACAUAUAUAUACUAUGUAUAUUUGAUAUCAUUUGACUGUGUUGAUUUAAUCAUGUAUAUUACAUGAGUUAUCUGGAAUUUUGGGGAGAGGAUAAUACUAGGCUAUGAAUCCUGGUUUUUUCCCCCCCAGCUAACAGUACAGUCCUAUCCAAAUUUAUUUGGAAAGCUUCUAACAUUCUCUCUUGGAUUGUACUGCUUCAGUCUGAUGUCAGAAAGUCUGACAUUUUUGGUAUUUCAUUGGCACCAUGUAGGUUUUCGGCAGAAAUGCCUUAUGGUACUGUACAAGUUGCCAUGAAAAAAAUAUUUUUUUUAAGUAUAAGUAUUACAAAUAUAUUUUUAUUAUUUUAUUAGGCUUAUUUAUUUAUUUAUGUAUUUAUUUAUUUGUCUAUUUAUUUUGUUCCAAAUCUCUGCUCAGCAGAGGGUGAAAACAUGUAUUGCUAAAGUAAAAUAUACUUUGGUUUCACUCUGUAUUUAAAUUCAGGCCAAGCAAUAAAAUGAAAUUUUGUAAUGGA